AUGGUGCUUUUGGACUCGGUUGUACUCCCCGUUGGGCUCUAUUACCUCCUGACCAGAACAACGACGUGGUCGUCUACGACUAUCUUCAGUGUCUUGACUGUGACUUUAUUCGGAACAUUUGUGACCGAGUCCUUACAGAGAUCGUGGCAUCUGUGGCGGAAGAAAUCCAGCUGUCGCGUUCCGAACGCAGGCCGCUACUAUUUUGAUUUCACCCACUGGAACGUCCUCGUCUCCUGGGUCAUCAUCAUCGCCGAACUCGUUAUCGGAACCAUUCCCGACCCACCCUGGAUGCGCAUGCUCGCCAUGCCCGUGCCUUCGGUCUUUUUCAUCUUCGCCCUCGAGAUGCUAGUUUUCGAGGCCCUGUACGUCUUUGAGAAACCCGCCCCAUUCCGCAUCUCCUCUAUCCAGAAAGGCGAGCCAAUGCGUCCCGCCAUCUAUCCUCUUCUGGAAGACAUCAUCGCGGUAGACGGCAAAGGAGGGACCAGGUUCCGAGGCCGCCUAGAUCAGCGGUACAAGGCCAGUCCACCCUUUCGUGGUUUGCUGCAUCGAGUAACGAUGCUAUGGGCGGUUCCUCAAGUGAUGGUGGCGGGGGGAACGUUAGCGGGAAUUGUGAUUGCGGACCAUGAGCUGGCUUACACGGUA